CCCUGCCCUCUGGCACUGGGAAGCCAUUCCCUCUGUCCUGUCCCACGUGGCUCUCCAGCUCUCUUACACUCAUUCAGAGUUGAGCCACUCUAUAACCCCGAAUCUUCUGUGCGGCAUCACAGCAGCUUCCAGCACCACAGACCCUCAAGUAUCUACAUGACCCUCAUGAUAAUUCAGUUCCCAGAGAUUUUCUGCUGCUAUUGAUCCUACCAAUCUCCAGCCACCUCUGCCAGAUCAGGAGAGCAAAUCCAGCACCACCUAACCACAAAAAACACCCCCAGAGGCUACUUUAGAAUCAUCUUGGUUGGAAGACCCCUCUAAAAUCAGCAAUUCCAAGGCCACCACUAACCAACAUCCCCAAGUGUCACAUAUGCCUGCCUCUUGAACAUUUCCUGGUGGCUUGACAAAACCAAAGGUUGGGUGCCAUCACCUCAAGAGUCACUCAAGUUCAGCAUGAACGGGGGGAAAAAAAAAACCCAACCAUUUUGUGCAGAUUUUGUUAUUUCCAGGUCCUCACCACCUUAACUCUCACCACCACCAUGAGUUAUCUUGGCCACUGGGCUCUUAGGGCUGACACAGAGCUCUCAACACUUCCCAGAGCCACAUACACUCCCAAAACCACUAGCAAGGAUCUUCUCCUAUAAUCACAGACCAGUUUGGGUUGGAAGGAACCCUAAAACUUCUCUUAUUCCAGCAUCCUGUCUUGGGCAAUGACACCUUCCACUAUCCUGGCUGCUCCAAACCCCACCUGAGCAAUCACAACCUGCAGCCACUAGUUGACUUGAACAUUGUGAAUAAUUUUAGGAAUAUCGGCCAUGGAUGAUCGACAUGAAACAACCCCCAGAGGAGCUGGCCAUUACACCCCACACCGGACUGCAGGGCGGCAUUUACACAAGGAGCGAUUAAAAUCCCAGCUGGAAAACGUUCAUCCAAGGCUUUGCCAGGCUUCCUAGAUAUUCCAGUGGGUACGGCAGGGGCUGCGGACUGGCUCUGCUCAAACCUGUGGCGCUUCCCGGAGUUCUGGGAGCUCCAUUCGCACUCCAAGAGCUCCGAGGGGCAGCGACGCCGACAAGGAAAGCGACACGUGUGGGGCUUUGCAUUCCCAGAGGAAAUCAACACCGCGGGAUGCCUUAGCCCACCUCGGAUGCUUACCACACACCCCAGGGAUUUGACAGACCGCCCGCCCGCCUGGCCUCAGCCACCCCUGUCCUGCCCGUUCACUUUUGGGGGCGUUUUUAUUCGUUUGGGGGGCUGGACGGGAGGCAUUUCACGCGCCAGCGCCGUUCCUCCCCUGCCAUCCCUUCAGAACGCGCGGCCGGACGCCUUAAAAGGACAAAAUAUCUGUGGCGGUGGGAAUGAGGGGCGGGAACAGGAAUGUGGGAAUGGGAGCGUGGCGGGAAGGGGAAGCGGCAGGAGGGGCACACGCGGCCCGGCCCGGCGGGGUCCCGCCAUGGCGGCCGCCCUGAGGGCGGGCAGUUGCCUGGAGACGGCGGGGGCCGCCAUGGCGGCGGGAAAGGGCCGAGGCUGCGCGGGGAGCGGGGCCGGCCCCGGCACGGCCCCUCAGGGGACACUCCGGCAGGGACCCCAUGCCCCGGCAGGGUCACCGCGCCCCGCCACCCCUCACCGGGAACCAUCCCUGUGCCCCGGCACCGUCCGCCCCGUGCCCGCAUCCCGGAGCCCACCCGGCGCACCCGCUCCCCACUACCGGGAUGGCUCCGGGGAUCCGCCAGCGCUCCCGGUUAUCAUCCCGAGGAAUUCCUCGUACGAGGAAGAUGCCGGCCGCGGAGGGCAGGAGCGCCGAACCAAAGGCACGGCGAUGUACCGGCGAGCAAAAGGCAUUGAGCGACGGAGGACUCCGUUUCCCCAUUAAGGCGCUCUAAUUUCCCUAAUCUGCGGCAGGUGUGAAACCGGGGCAGCGCAUCUCCCGGCGCGCCGGCACCUGAGGAUCCCCGCAACUUUGCCUGCUCCCCGCACACCCUCCGGCGCACCAGGACACUGCAAUAAGCUCCCGCUCCUGCCGAACCCCCCUCCCCAAAACACCAGCCCCCGCCCGGGGAGCCGGGCACCGCAUCCCACCGGGAUCCAAGUUUCCCAGCUGGGAAUGUCUCCCUGCGGAGUCCCGCAGCGAGCCCCGGGUUUGUCCCGCUCCCUCCCGCAGCGAUAAAGCCUCCAUGCCCACGACACGAUCCGGUUCAACCCGCCGGCAGCAGCGUCACCCCCGCUCCCCCGUUCCCCGGAGGGAUGUGGCGGCCGGGGCGGGACGGGCUGUCCGGGACCCGGGCGUCCCGCUCUGCUGGCACCUCGGCGCUCACUCCUGCCGCUCUUCCCCCCCCAGCGCUCGCAACUUUCCCACCCCGCGGGGCCACCCGGGGAGGAUGCGGGAUGCGGGAACGCCGCGCUCCGGGCUCCGCUCCGCUCCCUGCCCGGCGGGCGGCGGCGAGGCCGGGGAUGGAGCGGGAUGGGGGAGAGAGGGGAGGCUGAGCG